UUCACAUCAAUGCUUGCUUUGGCCUGACAGAUAAUCGGAGGUUUAUUAAGUGGCAAGAGGAGGAUCAGAAGAAUGAUGAGUCUGCAAAGUGGAAUGAGCUACUUAUAAAAGAUAUUCUUCCUCAUGUAUAUCUUUUGAUGAUCCUGGAUGCCAUUCAGUUAUCCAGAAACUCAACCCUGCCUGCUGCCACUGUGUACAAUCUUUGGCCUGACCUAUCCAAGACUGUACAUAAAGAAAGAUGGCAUGAAGUUGCAACAGACUCUCUGAAGAGUCUAAUUGAAUACAAGAUCUUUCACCUUGCUGAUGAUGAGAAAAUCUGGGUGUCUCCCUCAAAUGCAGUUUUUCCAGUCAACAAUAUAUGUAGUGACACAAUGUCUGCAGUGUCAAGAUUAUUGAUUGCUGAAGGAGAAAACCUGGUCACACUCCCAGAGCAUGUUUUGAAAGAUGUUCAAGAAAUCUUCCCUGAAAGUGAUACCUUGACAUGGGUGACUCCAUCUUAUGUUAGAGAUGUCCUUCACAGAAGUAAGGUUGAAAAAAUCAGUAAGGAUGACAAAUACUCUCUUCUUGAAUUUGCUCUCAGUGAUGAGAAGUACGAAGAACUACAAGGUCUUAAGCUUCUGCCUCUUAGCGAUGGAACCUUCACUUCAUUUAGCAAAGGAGUGCAGAACACUGUUUUGAUUGACAAUGAGAAGUUUCCAAGAACAUUGCUGCCAUUUUGUAAAGAAAGAUUUUUACCCAAUGAUCUGAGCCAUUUUUGCACUAUGCAACUAAGGAAACUAGCAACAAAGAGCACAUACAACAUAAUCAAUUUGGAUGCUAAACAUGUUGUUGCGCUCACCAAGAAGCACUUACCCAUGGACUGGAAGGUGUCCCAAGGUCAUGUGACAUGGAAAACAGCAGAAAAUCAUCAUCCACCAAAGAGCUGGCUAGCUGAAUUCUGGAAGUUUCUUAGCACUGAAUUGAUAGAGUUAAACAGCUUUAUUGACAUGCCUUUAGUACCACUGGAGCCACUACAGAGUUCAGGCAAUUCUGUAUUGUUAGCAAAGUUGCAGAGUAACACAACUUUGAUUUUUCAGAGAAGCACAGCAUCUAGCUUGUCAGAUCAUGUUCAGAAAGUGUUAAGGAUGGUGGGGUGUACAAUCAUAAAAAGAGAUGGGUGUCUUAGACAUCAUGACAUUGAGAGAUGCAGCUAA